UCACAUUAGUUACACAAGCGCAGUUUACCUAGUUGAUGAAGCACGUUUUUUAGCAAUUACAAAUUACUAAAAAUUUUGCCGGCUGCAUUCCCAAUUUUGCAAUUAAAUCAUGAAUAAUUUCUUCAAAGCAACACUAAGAUUGAAUGGUCUUAGAUCAUUAUUGAGGCCGGUAAAGAAUGGAGUAAUUUCUUCUGUAAAUCAGCAAAGGCAAAUAGCGAGAACACUAUGGUAUAUGAGUAAUACGAAUCAAAAAGAUUUCACCAAAAAAGUUGAACAUAGUCAAUUAUGCAGUUGUGGAUGUGGUAGUAAAAGAGCUGCCCAUACUAAAGCUGAAAAAGAGUUGUUGGAAUUCCUUACUGAAGAAAUUCUAGCAGAAAGGAAAGCCCAGAAAAUUAAAGCUAUUCCCUCAGAAUUAGAUGGUUUCAAAGCUAGCCUAAAUGGGGCUGAAGUUACUUUAACCAAAACUGUUGAUGAUGAAAACAUAAAGAUAAGUUUCAAUGUAAAUGAUAGUGUGGAUACUGAUGUAGAACCAGAAGUAAAUGAGAAUAUGGAUAAACCAGAUCUGGGAGAGCUCAAAUCUAGGCCAUCAUUUAAAGUGGAAUUGGUAAAAGGGAAAACUACUAUCAGUUUGAUUUGUUCAUAUUUGAAUUCUAAUGAACAAGGUGAUGGAUAUAAUGAUAUAUUUGGAAUUGAUGAAAUUUGCAUUUACGAGGGAGAAUGGAAUGCAAACACUUAUUCAGUUUCUGGAGAUGUAUUAGACUCUUAUCUAUACGACUUACUUAUGAAUUAUAUGGAAGAAAAGGGAAUCUCAAAUGAGUUUGUAGAAAAACUAUCGAAAUACAGUACAGCUUAUGAACAUGCUUCCUAUAUUGGAAUGUUAGAAGGAUUAUCAAAAUUCGUUUCAGGAAAAUAAAUGUAUUGUCACAGUCAUUAAGUAUAAGUAUUCUUUUAUAUUGAUUUAAGUAAUGUGUUUAUAAUAAAUACGAGGUAUAUUUAGGCAUAUUAUCAUAACCUAUUCAUAUUAUACCGAUUCCCUUUCCUAAAUUUUGUUAUAAUAAUGGUGUUAAAAAAUUAUAGAAAUAAUAAACUAUCAUAAAAAUCAAA